AUGGCGUAUAACCAAAGGACCUGGCGGCAGCAUGGGACCAACACCACCAAUAUCAAGCCUUUGAACCGCUUGAGGGCCCCUCACAAGCCCUAUGUUCGGCUGGAGGAGCAAGUGCUCAUCAACCGCCGAGACUUCACAAGCAGGAAGGAUACCUGGGACAUGCAGGAGUUCAUCACUCGCAUGUAUGUCAAGCAGCUGCUCCGACACCCGGCCUUCCAGCUGCUGCUGGCCACGCUGCUGGUGGUCAACGCCAUCACCAUCGCUCUCCGCACCAACUCCGCCCUUGGCCAGAAACACUAUGAGUUGUUCUCUACCAUAGAUGACAUUGUGCUGACCAUCCUUAUCUGUGAGCUUCUCCUCGGCUGGUUAAAUGGCUUCUGGAUUUUCUGGAAGGACUGCUGGAACAUCCUCAACUUCCUUAUCAUCUUUAUCUUGCUCCUGGGGUUCUUCGUUAGUGAACUCCAAGUCAUCUCUAUUACCUACACCCUCAGGGCCCUUCGUCUGGUACAUGUGUGCAUGGCGGUGGAGCCCCUGGCCCGGAUCAUCCGCGUCAUCCUGCAGUCGGUGCCCGACAUGGCCAAUAUCAUGACCCUCAUCCUCUUCUUCAUGCUGGUAUUCUCUGUAUUUGGGGUCACGCUCUUUGGUGCGUUCGUGCCCAUGCAUUUCCAGAAUAUGCAGGUUGCCCUGUACACGCUCUUCAUCUGCAUCACCCAGGAUGGCUGGGUGGACAUCUACAAUGACUUUCAGAUGGAGACAAGGGAUUACGCAAUGGAGAUUGGGGGCGCCAUCUACUUUGCCAUCUUCAUCACCAUCGGCGCCUUCAUUGGCAUCAACUUGUUGGUCGUCGUGGUGACCACCAAUCUGGAGCAAAUGAUGAAGGCAGGAGAGCAGGGGCAAUAUCGUCAAAUAGCCUUCAGUGAGACAGGCGACGACGAAGGAGCCGGGAGUAACGAGCUGCCACUGGUGCACUGUGUGGUCGCCCGUUCGGAGAUGUCUGGCGUCCCCCAGGAGCCGUUUAUGGUGGGCCCCCCGUUGAACCUCUCGGAAAACACAUGCGACAACUUCUGCUUGGUGCUCGAGGCAAUGCAGGAGAACCUGACGCAGUACAAGGAGAUCCGAAAUGAGCUCAACACGAUAGUGGACGAGGUACGCUCCAUCCGCUUCAACCAGGAGCAGGAGGAGGAGCUGAUGCACAAGCACUUGUCUUGGAGAAUGUCGUUGGAGAGUAAGUCCUCCAUGGACACCCGUGAGAUGACUUGCCAGCAAGACCUGAUCACCGCGCUCAUCAACAGGGAAAAGGUUCAGGAAUCCAACACAAAUGUUCUCCUUAAACACAAGGCCAGCCGCUGAGAGGGCAGGACAGGAGCCAACAGGAAUAAGCAAACACACCCAGCCACUGCAUCUUCCUGCAUCACUAGCACGACUUGGCACAUCCUGGCCUGAGCCUGUCCUCUCCCUUACACCUGGGCAGAUGCCUGGGGACAUGAAGGGGUGGCAUCUCUAGGGCUUGUGCUUGUGUGGCCCAGGUCCAGAGGAGCCAGGAUGGAGAAGGAUGCUGGAUGAGAGUAGGAGCCUUAUAGCAAGGUUGAGCAAAGAAUGGGGUGCUGGCCAAGGCAGCCAGGACUUAUCCUAAGGGUGGGCAUCCCUGGUCCCCUGCUAGACCAGAGCUAGACGGGGUCUAAGUGGGUCCGAGCACCAAGAGGAGGAAGGUGAGGCCAGGAAACUGUAUUGACAAUAAACUUUUGUGUUGGGA